UCCGCGGCCAUGGCGGCCUCUGUGGUUCCCGGGGGUAAGGCUCUGUUGUGGGCAGGCGCAGCUUGGCUGCGUCAAAGAGGCAUUGGGGAGCUACUCCGGCCGCGAAUUGAAGGGAGCACCCCGGGCCGUGACUUCAGUCUCUCUCAUUAUCAGAGCACGGUCAUCGUGGAGCGCUGGUGGAAGGUGCCGCUUGCCGGGGAGGGCCGUAAGCCGCGCCUGCAUCGGCGUCACCGCGUGUAUAAGUUGGUGGAGGACACGAAACGCCGGCCCAAAGACAACCUGGAACUCAUCCUCACACAGUCUGUGUACGAAAUUGGAGUCCGGGGUGAUCUAGUCUCAGUGAAGAAAUCUGUGGGUCGUAACAAGCUCCUUCCUCAGGGACUGGCUGUGUAUGCAUCUCCUGAAAACAGGAAGCUGUUUGAAGAGGAAAAAGCGCUGAGACAAGAAGGAAAGCUGGAGAAGAUCCAGACAAAGGCAGGAGAGGCGACAGUGCAAUUUCUGAGAAGCUGUCAUCUAGAGGUGGGAAUGAAGAACAAUGUCCACUGGGAACUAAACCCUGAAAUAGUUGCCCGACAUUUCUUCAAGAAUCUUGGUGUUGUUGUUGCCCCACAUGCUCUGAGGCUGCCAGAGGACCCUAUCACUCGGUGGGGCGAGUACUGGUGUGAUGUGACUGUAAAUGGACUUGACACUGUGAGAGUUCCUAUGUCCGUAGUGCUCUUUCAGAAGCCCAAGACCAAAAGAUACAAGCGCUGGUUAGCCCAGCAAGCUGCCAAGAGCAGGACCCCCAACAGUCCCCAGGAAGUCUGAAUGUCCUCUGCCUCCAAGUCCACAAAGCUUUCAGAAGAGCUGUGGAGCAGCAUGGGCCAGCACUUGGAGCAGUCCCAGCUCUGAGCAGAUGUGGAUCAUAGAGAACAUGUGGACUCAGCAGACUGAGCUGCACAUACGUGCCAGGUUCACUUUGUUUGUCAUCUCCACCUUCAGUGGUCAUCAUAGCCAGCUGUGUUGCGUUCUGCAGGCAGUAGAUGUAAUAAGCUGAAUAUUGGUGACCAAAACAGUCUUCUUAGCCGUUCCUUCUACUGGAGAGUGCGUGGGAACAGGUGCAGGGGCCCAGCCACUGUUCUGUCAGUUGCUUUAUUCUCAGCCAGGCUGUCUUGUGCAGAAGUAAAGAGCUGCUUCACUGGACAUCAGCUGACUGGGCGGGAUAUCCAAGCAAGGUGUCUUAGCCACAAGUAAGUCUGACACAAAGGAGGAAAGUAUCGCCAUUCUCUGUGUCCUACAGUUGCCAUGAGCUGACUACUCUGAAUAUAGCCAAUUGCAUCUGCUCUUAGAACUUUAUCUCCAUGUGAGUGAUACAGUGGAUCCAAUACAAUCUGUAUGAGGCCUAAGGAUGAUCUACAGAGAAAGUGAAGCUGGCAUUAAAGAAACUUAAAACAAAGA